AUGCUAAGUGGACAACUGACGAAGCAUUUAUUAAGUAUUAUAAUAUUAUUGGCCAUUCGAAAGACUUUAGUCAUAGCGAAUGUACUACCUGAAGUGACGGGCUUUAAUGAAAACACAAAAGAUUUGCUAAAACUACUCGAAAACGUGCGCGAGCAACGCGAUUAUAAUACCGUAGCAAUUUGCAAGACACGAGCACAAGAUUGCAUUUUUGAGCAACUUCUUCCAGAGUUGUCAUUACCUGUUGUGGUUAUCAAUAAGCGGCAAGCAUAUAAAUACAAAUCAACAUUCUCAAAAGAAUUAGUCAUUGUACUGUGUCUCGAGCAUGCAAAUAUAGAUGACGAAUUCGAGGAAAUCAAUGUGUUCCACGACUUAAAGCAAACCCGCAUCGUAGCCUAUGCGCCACAAGCGACAAAUUUACAGCUAAUAGAAGAAAUUUGCACCAACGCCAUGGCUAAAGAUAUUUACAAUGUCUUAAUAAUACAAAAUGAUUUUGCUGAGAGCCACAAAUAUUACACCUGCAAUAAGUUUCCGCUUCAUGCGCCACGCUAUAAAGAAAAAAAUAUGGACGCGGGCGUUAAUAGCGCGAUCUUUGAGCAUCAGUUUCGCGAUAUGCAUGGCACGAAGAUACUGACGUACCCCGAUCAACUGGAACCACGCACAAUGCUUUACUACAAAGCGGAUGGCAAGCUGGAAAUGGAGGGUUACAUCGGCAGAUUGAUGAGAAUAUUUGCGGCCAAAGUAAAUGCAACGCUGGCGAUUGAACACCCCUUUGAAAUAGGUAAAACCACAUAUUUCGGUGAAUUAUUGAAGUUGGCGCUUAACGGCACUGUUGACGUUGCUGCCGGUUUGACAUUUCCACAGUCUUCGGCAGACCAAGAAGUGAUGUCCUAUCCAGUGCAACACUUGGAUUAUUGUUAUAUGGUGCCGUUGCCCGAAACGGUACCAAUCAAUGAGCUAUUCGUUGGCAUCGUGCGUUUACCAACACUGUUUUAUAUCUUCGUUUUUACUAUAAUUUUCGCCGCUUUACUUACACAUCUCAACCCGCACAUGAAAAUCAAUUUUAUUAAUCUCUUUUUGAAUGAUAAAAGUAUACGUGGCAUUUUGGGGCAAUCCUUCGUGCCGGUGGUGAGACCAAAUCUAAAAGUGAAACUUAUCAUAUUCUUACUUUGCUAUAUGAGCAUCAUCACUAAUACGACAUAUCAGGCUUAUCUGCAAUCCUAUCUAACACAACCACCUCUACAACCGAUGUAUCGCACUUACGAUGACAUGGAAGCCGCUGGGCUCAAAGUAUUGAUUUCUGCCAAAGAAAAGAUUAUAUUAGAUAUGAACAGCAGCAUACAGGAGCACCCUAACCUCUUUGAAAUCCUGGAAGACCACGACGCAUGGUUGAAGCAUCGUUCUUCGAUGAACACGAAGUAUGUGUAUCCCGUAUCGAAUACUCGUUGGGAGGUCUUCGAGUUUCACCAAAGCCUCUUCCAUCGCCCAAUAUUCUAUUUUAAUAGCGAGUUUUGUUUCUUUAAAAGUUCCAUAAUUUCUUUGCCGACGCGCCCGGAUCUGCCUUAUCUUGAUUUAUUGGAUGACGUCAUAUUACGUCUAGAUUCGUCGGGUAUUAUAAAAGAGUUUAUUUCAUUAAAUUUCUUUGUUUUGGCCAAAUUGAAGUUGGUGGUAUUCGAGGAUUUAAGUAAGCCACUGGAUUCUGGAAGUCCCUUAGUUUUAGAUGAUUUCUUCUGGAUAUGCAUUCAAUACUUUGGCUGCUUGACGUUGGCACUAAUCGCUUUUGCUGGAGAAAUGUUGUAUUACCGUUGGCAGUAUCGGAAACGUGUGCGGCAGGCGACAAAAUUUGAGUUCUGUAAUUAA